GGCGGCGGGGGCCGCGGGGUUGGAGCGGGCGCGGGGGCGCGCGCCGGCCUGACGGACGGACGCUCAGACCGACGGACCGAGCAGCUGAGGCCAGCGCGCAUCUCCGACUCGCCCGGACGCAGCGCUCGCCCGGCGGCGGCGGCGGCGGCGGCGGCGAUCCCCGGCUCCGGUCCGGCGGCCGCAGCGCCCGCCCUCGCCCGCGCCCCAUGGGGUCACAGGUUUGGCUGUUCUGUGUCUGCUGUGCUCAGACCUCCGCCCACGGCCCCUCGGUGGUGUCAGGACCGGCCGGCCGCUGGCUCCCUGCUGCGUCCUCGCUCCGUUACCCAGGUCCAGGGUGACCUCUGGCCCCCGGACAGCCCAGGCUCCUCGGUCACACGUCCGCACCGGGAGGCUGAGGCCGGCCCGGACCUGGAGGAAGCACCGUGCACCCGGACAGCCCGUCGUUGCUGGAGUCUGUAGGAGCGGCGGCACCCCGGCGUCCCCAUGAACAACCGGAAGGAAGACAUGGAGAUCGCGUCCCACUACCGGCACCUGCUGCGGGAGCUGGACCAGCAGCGGCAGCACGGCGUGCUGUGCGACGUGUGUGUGGUGGUCGAGGGCAAGGUCUUCAAGGCCCACAAGAACGUGCUGCUGGGCAGCAGCCGCUACUUCAAGACGCUGUACUGCCAGGUGCAGAAGACGUCCGAGCCGGCCACCGUCACGCACCUGGACAUCGUCACGGCCCAGGGCUUCAAGGCCAUCAUCGACUUCAUGUACUCGGCCCACCUGGCGCUCACCAGCCGGAACGUCAUCGAGGUGAUGUCCGCGGCCAGCUUCCUGCAGAUGACGGACAUCGUGCAGGCCUGCCACGACUUCAUCAAGGCCGCGCUGGACAUCAGCAUCAAGCCGGACGCCUCGGACGAGCUCGCGGAGUUCGAGAUGGGCGCCCCCCCGGGCGGCGGCGCCGACGCCCUCAUCUCCGCCGUCAUGGCCGGGAGGAGCAUCUCCCCGUGGCUGGCGCGGCGCGCGAGCCCCACCAACUCCUCCGGGGACUCGGCCAUCGCCAGCUGCCACGAGGGGGGCAGCAGCUACGGCAAGGAGGACCCGGAGCCCAGGGCCGAGGGCCCCGACGACCUGGGCGUGCAGGCGCUGUGGCCGGGCGACGGGGGCUACGGGCCGCUGCGCAUCAAGGAGGAGCAGAUCUCGCCGCCUCAUUACGGGGGCGGCGAGCCGCCCUCCGCCCGGGACGGGGCGCCGCAGAACUCUUUCCCCGAGCAGGCCGGAGCAGACGGCUGGCAGCCCACCGGCCGGAGGAAGAACCGGAAGAACAAGGAGACGGUCCGGCACAUCACGCAGCAGGUGGAGGACGAGAGCCGGGCCGGCUCCCCGGUGCCGUCCUUCCUGCCCACGUCCGGGUGGCCGUUCAACAUCCGAGACUCAAAUUCGGACUUGACCGUCACCGAGGCCGGCAGCUCUGACAGCCGAGGGGAGAGGGCCGACCUCUACGGCCCGGGGGACGAGGGCCUCCUGGGGGCCGAAGCCAGCUACCUGGGCCCGCCGCUCACCCCGGACAAGGAGGAGGCCCUGCAGCAGGCCACCGCGGUGGCCAACCUGCGAGCGGCGCUCAUGAGCAAGAACAGCCUGCUGUCGCUCAAGGCGGACGUGCUGGGGGACGACAGCUCCCUGCUGCUGGAGUACCUGCCCAAGGGCGCCCACUCCCUGUCCCUCAACGAGUUCACGGUCAUCAGGAAGAAGUUCAAGUGCCCCUACUGCAGCUUCUCGGCCAUGCACCAGUGCAUCCUCAAGCGCCACAUGCGCUCCCACACGGGCGAGCGGCCCUACCCCUGCGAGAUCUGCGGGAAGAAGUUCACGCGGCGCGAGCACAUGAAGCGGCACACGCUGGUGCACAGCAAGGACAAGAAGUACGUCUGCAAGCUCUGCAGCCGCGUGUUCAUGUCGGCCGCCAGCGUGGGCAUCAAGCACGGCUCACGGCGCCACGGCGUGUGUGCCGACUGCGCGGGCCGCGGCGUGGCCGGCCCGCUGGACGGCGGGGGGGCCGAGGGCUCCCCCGAGCUCUUCGCGGGCGACGGGCCCUACCUGGAGGACCCCGACGACCCCCGAGGGGAGGGCGAGGAGGAGCUGGCGGAGGACGAGGACGAUGUGGGCCUGGCCCACGAGGACGCGCUCCUGGGGGACGACAAGGACGAGGAGGGCUCGCCGCAGGGGCCCCCCAGCCCCCCGGGGGGGCCCGACAAGGACUUCGCCUGGAUCUCCUAGGCCCCGGGGCCGGGCGCGGUGGGUGAAGGCAGUGCGGCCCCCGCACCUGUGUGCGCGGGGGCUUGGGGGUCUCCCCGCCCGGGGUGGGGCCGCCGACCCCGCGCAGCCCCUCCUCCAGGCCCCCCUUCCCUCUGCUCCCGCCCCUCAGCCGCACCCGAGAAGCCGGCCCUGGGGUCUCAGAAGCGGGUGCAGCCCCGCCGUGGGGGCCCUGGGACCACCAAGUCGGCGGGUGCGGGGCGCGAGGAGAGUCCCAGCAGGUGCGUGUGGGGGAGCGCGGAGCGGGGCCCAGGGUGGGGCCAACGCCGCCUGGGAGUCGAGCGAGGCCCCGAGGUCCAGGUCCCGGAGCUGAGGGGCUCUGCGCCCACCGCAGGGCCUCGGGCCCCCUCCCCUCUGCAGCCCCUCCCCAGCAGCGCGGUCCGGUCGGUCACUGCCUGUCGCCCUUUGCCUUCCAGGCUCCGCCUCCCCCGGGCCCCCGCAGAACCCGGUGUACAGAGAGCCCCGCGGCCCCGCCGCCUCUGGGCUUUGGUGCUCAACACAAAACAGCUGCGGCAGCCCCGCCAGGGCCAGGGGCUCCCAGGUGCUAACUCCUGGCGGAGGCCGCAGUGGCCGGGGGUCCAGCGAGGGCUCCGCCCUCUGUUCUGUGUGCACUUCCUUGGGGAGCCGCGGCGGGCCCGGGCCCGUGGCUCCGCCCACCCGCGCGCCAGGCCCCGCCCGCUGCCCGCCCGCUGCCCGCCCCGGGGGCCCGCCUGCGCUGCUGCUAACUCUGGAGGCGGAGCUGUCGCCUCCGCUCCCGGAGGGGUAACCAAACUUUCUCAGUGGAGCUGAGUUGAGAUCACACACGUUUCUGUCGGCGGGCGCUCGCUCUCUCUCUCCCUCUCUCUCCCCCUCCCUCUCUCCCCCCUCCCCCACUCUCUCUCCCUCUCUCUCCCCCGCCCCUCUCUCUCUCCCUCUCUCUCUCUCUCUCUCUCUCUCGCCCCACGAACCGCGCGGAGCCGCCCCUCCCUUCGCUUGGAGCGAGGUCCUCCUGCUGCAUUUUCAGUCGCGCCCAUGACCUUGUUGUCUUCGCUGCGCGAAAAGCAGGUGCAGCCUGUUGGCCGGCACCCGGCUGCCGGCUGCAGGACAGGCCUCGCCUGUGCUCUUCCUUGUCCGGGCCACCCGGCAACGCGACCCCACACCUCUUACCGCUGAGCUGGGCACCGCCCGCUGCCCUCUGCCCUCCCCCCAGGAGGACUGGAGGGUGCCACAGAGCGCCGUGUCCUUGUCUCCACAGACUCAGAGGCUGUCCCCAUGUUUCUUCGUUUUUUAUUGGGUCACAUCUGUUUUGGCUAGGCGGAAAGCCCUGCGAGCCUUCGUGGGGAGUGGAGGGCGGGGGUGGGGACCCCGGCCUGAGUGGCCUGAGUGGGCGGACGGGACGUGGUGCUUGCUGUCUUUGAAAUCCUGCCCCAGGAAGGAGCCUCUGCUUUCGCUUUUACUGAUUUUUGAAAUAAAAUUAGCCACCGCUUCUAUCGGUUAGAAGGGGCGCUCUUGAAGGACGUGUGGGCGGGUUGCCCGCACCCACCACCUCCCCCCGCUGGGGCCGCUGCCAGCGCCUCCGCGCGGGCGUCCUUACCGGACACGGCCAGGGUUGGCCAGGGUCGCCCCGGACCCACCGAGCCCUCCACCCUGCCCUCUCUCCCUUGGGAGCGUGGGCCGGGCCAUGUGGGGCUUCCGGGCACACCUCCCGCCAGUCACCGCGAGGCCUGGCCCAGCCCCGAGCUGGGCCCUGGGCACUCGUGCCCCCCCCCGCCCCCUUUCUGAACGGACCCCCUUUCUUAUCAACACGUUAGGGAACCAGACCUUUGCUGCCAACAGGGGGCUCUGGGCUUUGUGCCGGCCCCGCCUCUCAGGCCGCCCUGCCCACGCCCGGGCCACCUGCCUCCACACUCAGGACGUCCUGCUCUUUCUGACCUGCUCACUGCCCCCGCUGACCGUCGAGGGGCCCGCUGCCCGUGCCACAGGGCCGUCCGUCUGUCCCCUCGAAACCCACACUGGACUGGAAGCCCGGGCUCCCGCUUCCCGCCCCGUGGCGCUCCAGCCGCCGGCAGGCCCGUGCCAUGUGCAGGGUGGAGGCGAACCCGUCCUCUCGGGAGGAGUGAAGGGAAAGGCCUGUGUCUCGAAGAGUUUUUUUUAUGUGAUUGACCCUUUUCGUUUUUUCCAGAUCAAUGUUUAAACUAAUAAAUAUUUUUUUUAUGAAGAGGAAAAA